UACAUGUACAGAAAAUACUUCAAAGCUGUGAUAUAACCUAUUGGUGUAAUACUUAAUUGUUCAGUAUCAAAUUCAAAAUGACUGAGAGCUAUUCUGAAGAAUAAAUAAGAAAAUAACUAGCCUUCAAAGUUUUAGAAGAAAAUAGUGAUGGCCAUAACUUCGGGAGAAUAGACGCGUGUAAAUGUGUUAAUAUAUUUGUGGAGGAUUGUGUUAGUACAUGAUGGCUAGUGAAGACAACUUACUUAGUGCUUCGACAGAGAAAGGGUUCACUUUCGAGUUCAAUUCGAGUGCUGAGCUGGCAAUGGUGCCUUUGUUCCAAAACUAUUCUGAUACUCUCCUGAAUGUUGCAACUGCGUGCUGCGUGAUUUUCGUGGUCAUAGGCAUUCCGGGCAAUCUUAUCACUAUUGUUGCACUUGCUCGCUUUAAAAAGAUUCGGAACGCGACGGCGAUAUUUAUAAUAAACUUGCACAUCAGUGAUUUGAUGUUCUGCAGCAUAAUCCUGCCGAUGACUGCGAUGACAUUCGCUCAGAAAAAAUGGACUCACGGCUGGAUAAUGUGCCAAUUGUACCCUUACUUGAAAUUUUCUUUAAAUGCGACCUCCAUCUUCACGAUACUGGCCAUCAGCAUCAACAGAUACAUCAUGGUGUGCCAUCCAAUGUGGUAUCCUAGGUUUUAUAAAAGAAGAAACAUAUCAAUAAUGAUAUUGUUGAUGUGGGCAUCAGCCUUAGCAAUAUUUUUACCAUCUAUCCUCGGUAAAUGGGGUCGUUACGAGUUGGAACCUAGCGAAGGAUUCUGCACAAUGUUAGAGGACAGAAAUGGCCUCUCUCCAAAGACUUUCUUUUUGUGCGUUUCCUUUGUUGGACCCUAUUUCGUUAUAGCUUUAUGUUACGCACGUAUAUGGUGGUUGGCAAGGAAAACUGGUAAAAAGCCUGGAAGCCAUAACCCAAGACUGACCGAAACCCGAAUACGUCCUACCCAUCUACCACUAUCUCACACCACAUCAGACACUUCUAUGGAGGGUAGAACACUCAUUAGCUUCGAUCCUUCGAGCCCUGGGAGCAGCUCACCGGACGACGUCCCAACGCCUAGAGAAGAACAACGGUUCAAUUAUUUCAAGGCUCCAUUUAGACUUACAAGACGAGAAGUAAGGCCCAAAGCCCCAACCAGAAAAGACAAAAAGCUAUGCGCCAUGAUUGCUGCAAUAAUGUUGUCUUUUUGCGUUUCGCAUCUGCCUUUAAUGAUCGCGAGACUUGCAUACAAGGAAUAUAAAUAUGAACCUAUAGCGAACGUUGCCGCACACUUGCUGGGGUACUUCGGGACUUGUAGUAACCCCAUAAUCUAUGUGAUAAUGUCAAGUGAAUAUCGGCAAGCUUACAGGAGUCUCUUUGACGCCAUUAAACAUGUGUCAGUUUCUUCAAAGAUGAGUAGUUCUCAGUAAUCGAUGGACUUCGCUCUACAUGUGUUGUAUUUUAUAUUUUUGAUGGGUUUGACUGGUGACCAAAGAUAUUGAAAAGAAAAUUCUACGAAAAUGUUGAAGAGGAAAAUGCUGUAAAUAAAUAAAUCGUUCACUUAACAAUAUAAGGACAACAACACAUGUCUGUUUUAUAGAAAAACAAACAGUACUCACAAAAUUAAUUUUCCUGUUGAUUUGAUGUCUGAACUUAAAUGUAUCCGAACUAUGUCUAAAUAGAUCUCACUGUCGGCUCGUCGCCUACGUAA